UAGCGCACCCUCCCCCGGGAGCGCGGAGGAGCAUUAAUAAAUCUCUAAGCCGAGGAGGAAACUCUGGCUGGGGCAGUGCGCUGAGCGCCGGGGGAGCUUGGGGAGCGGCAGCGCCGGCGCCAGUGGCGACAGGAGCCGCGCGACCGGCAAAAAUACACGGGAGACCGCCGCCGAAAAGAGUCUGCGGUCCUCUCUCGUAAACACACUCUCCUCCACCGGCGCCUCCUCCUCCGCCCUGCGCGCCGCCCGGCUGGGCGCCCGAGGCCGCUCCGACUGCUAUGUGACCGCGAGGCUGCGGGAGGAAGGGGACCGGGGAGAAGAGGCUCGCCCGCGGGAGCCCUUGAGGACCAAGUUUGCGGCCACUUCUGCAGGCAUCCCUUCUUAGCUCUCGCCCGCCCCUUUCUGCAGCCUAGGCGGCCCGGGUGCCCUUCUCUUCCUCGCGCGCCCCGCCGCGUCGGUUCCCGGCGACCAUGGUGACGAUGGAGGAGCUGCGGGAGAUGGACUGCAGUGUGCUCAAAAGGCUGAUGAACCGGGACGAGAACGGCGGCGGCGCGGGCGGCAGCGGCAGCCACGGCACCCUGGGGCUGCCAAGCGGCGGCAAGUGCCUGCUGCUGGACUGCAGACCGUUCCUGGCGCACAGCGCGGGCUACAUCCGAGGCUCGGUCAACGUGCGCUGCAACACCAUCGUGCGGCGGCGGGCUAAGGGCUCCGUGAGCCUGGAGCAGAUCCUGCCCGCCGAGGAGGAGGUACGCGCCCGCUUGCGCUCUGGCCUCUACUCGGCGGUCAUCGUCUACGACGAGCGCAGCCCGCGCGCCGAGAGCCUCCGCGAGGACAGCACGGUGUCGCUGGUGGUGCAGGCGCUGCGCCGCAACGCCGAGCGCACCGACAUCUGCCUGCUCAAAGGCGGCUAUGAGAGGUUUUCCUCCGAGUACCCAGAAUUCUGUUCUAAAACCAAGGCCCUGGCAGCCAUCCCACCCCCGGUUCCCCCCAGCGCCACAGAGCCCUUGGACCUGGGCUGCAGCUCCUGUGGGACCCCACUACAUGACCAGGGGGGUCCUGUGGAGAUCCUUCCCUUCCUCUACCUCGGCAGUGCCUACCAUGCUGCCCGGAGAGACAUGCUGGACGCCCUGGGCAUCACGGCUCUGUUGAAUGUCUCCUCAGACUGCCCAAACCACUUUGAAGGACACUAUCAGUACAAGUGCAUCCCGGUGGAAGAUAACCACAAGGCUGACAUCAGCUCCUGGUUCAUGGAAGCCAUAGAGUACAUCGAUGCGGUGAAGGACUGCCGUGGGCGCGUGCUGGUGCACUGCCAGGCGGGCAUCUCGCGCUCGGCCACCAUCUGCCUGGCCUACCUGAUGAUGAAGAAACGGGUGAGGCUGGAGGAGGCCUUCGAGUUCGUUAAGCAGCGCCGCAGCAUCAUCUCGCCCAACUUCAGCUUCAUGGGGCAGCUGCUGCAGUUCGAGUCCCAGGUGCUGGCCACGUCCUGUGCCGCGGAGGCCGCCAGCCCCUCGGGACCCCUGCGGGAGCGGGGCAAGACACCCGCCACCCCCACCUCGCAGUUCGUCUUCAGCUUUCCGGUCUCCGUGGGCGUGCACUCGGCCCCCAGCAGCCUGCCCUAUCUGCACAGCCCCAUCACCACCUCUCCCAGCUGUUAGAGCUGCCCUGGGGGCCCCAGAACCAGAGCUGGCUCCCAGCAAGGGUAGGACGAGCCGCCUGCGGGCAGAAAGUUGGGACUGAGCAGCUGGGAGCAGGCGACCGAGCUCCUUCCCCAUCAUUUCUCCUUGGCCAACGACGAGGCCAGCCAGAAUGGCAAUAAGGACUCCAAAUACAUAAUAAAAGCAAACAGAACACUCCAACUUAGAGCAAUAACGGCUGCUGCAGCAGCCAGGGAAGACCUUGGUUUGGUUUAUGUGUCAGUUUCACUUUUCCAAUAGAAAUUUCUUACCUCAUUUUUUUAAGCAGUAAGGCUUGAAGUGAUGAAACCCACAGAUCCUAGCAAAUGUGCCCAACCAGCUUUACUAAAGGGGGAGGAAGGGAGGGCAAAGGGAUGAGAAGACAAGUUUCCCAGAAGUGCCUGGUUCUGUGUACUUGUCCCUUUGUUGUCGUUGUUGUAGUUAAAGGAAUUUCGUUUUUUAAAAGAAA